UAAAUAUGAAAAAAUAUUUUGGUUGGAGUAGGAUUAUAGGAGAGACAACUUCGUCAGACCGAAAAUAAAUCAUCAUUAUUCCUCUCAUCCCUUCCCGAGCAAAGCUUAAAAGAGUUCCUACAGUAGUACUAUACAAUUCAUAAAAAAAUAUGUAUAAAAAUUAAUACACUUUCAUUGAGAUUUGAGCCAAGCAGAGAAGAAGAAGAAGAAGAAGAGGGAAAGAGAAGAUCUCCCAGCGGAUCAGUCCCCGCUUUAAAAGCAUUGGCGGCGACUGAUUUCAUCUCUCUCCUCUUCCUCCUUUACUUCUCUCUCUCUCUCCUCUCUCUCUCUCCUCUCUCUCUCUCUUCCUGUAUUACUCUCUCAAAGACAAAAGCACUUCUUCCAUCUCUCUCUCUCUCUUACGCCAUUUGGGUUUUUGCUUUUCUUUGUUUUCUCUCUCUGUGUAUGUGUGUGAUUAUGACGAUGGGAUUAUCUUUCUGAGGCUUUUUCAUUUUCUUGGAAAGAAAAGUUGAAUUUUUUUUUAAAAGAAAGGGAAAAAGUUUGAAACUUUUUAAUGGUGUUCUCUGUUCUCUGUUCGCAUUGAGAGAGUCAAUAAAUGCUGUUAGUAAAUGGUUAGUUGAGAUGGGAGAAAAAGAUCCCGUUGUCCGAGGGAGUUUGGUUUCUUGCAAAAGGAUAGUGAGGCAAAACAUGGGUUUGGUUUCUCUUGUCUCCUUUCUUACAUCCCAUUUCCAUUAAUGGUCUCUCCCUCUUCCAACACCACCUCAACAUUAAGCAACAAUCUUUUCUGCCUUUUCUUCUUCUUUUCCUUCUGUGGUUCUCCUUUUAUGUGAUCGGUUCGAAACGGAUAGAUAGAUAGAGAGAGUAUACAACUCAAACCUGCUUCAGAGACAAACUAAAAGGUGUGUUCUUUUUUGGUUAUCAAGACGAAGAAAGAUGAAGUUCAUGAAGUUAGGGUCUAAGCCUGAUACAUUUGAAUCCGAUGGCAAAUUCGUCAAGUAUGCUGUUUCGGAUCUAGACAGCGAUGUUACUAUUCAUGUUGGCGAUGUCACAUUUCACCUCCACAAGUUCCCGCUGCUAUCGAAGAGCAAUCGGAUGCAGAGACUGGUUAUUGAGGCAAGUGAAGAAGAAACCAAUGUGAUCACUAUACUAGACAUGCCUGGAGGACACAAAGCGUUUGAGAUCUGUGCAAAGUUUUGCUAUGGCAUGACAGUUACGCUCAAUGCUUACAACAUAACCGCUGUGCGAUGUGCAGCUGAGUAUCUUGAAAUGACUGAAGAUGCUGAUCGCGGUAAUCUCAUAUACAAGAUUGAGGUUUUCCUUAAUUCUGGCAUAUUCAGAAGCUGGAAAGACUCAAUCAUUGUGCUUCAGACAACUAGAUCUCUCCUUCCUUGGUCUGAAGAUCUGAAGCUUGUAUGUAGAUGCAUGGAUUCUGUUUCAGCUAAGAUAUUGGUGAAUCCUGAGACGAUCACUUGGUCUUAUACACACAACAGGAAGUUAUCUGGACCUGAUAAGAUAGUCGAGUAUCAUCGGGAGAAGAGAGAAGAGAAUGUGAUUCCAAAAGAUUGGUGGGUCGAAGAUGUAUGUGAGCUUGAUAUUGAUAUGUUUGAGCGGGUGAUGAGCGUUGUGAAAUCGAGUGGAAGGAUGAACAAUGGUGUAAUUGCUGAAGCACUUAGAUACUAUGUUGCAAGGUGGUUACCAGAAUCUAUGGAGUCUUUAACAGCAGAAGCUUCUUCAAACAAACAUCUUGUUGAGACUGUUGUUUUCUUGUUGCCAAGAGUAAACAGAGCGAUGAGCUACUCUUCUUGCAGCUUCUUGCUGAAACUCCUUAAAGUUUCUAUUUUGGUUGGAGCUGAUGGGACUGUGCAAGAAGACUUGGUUGAAAACGUGAGCUUGAAGCUGCAUGAGGCCUCGGUUAAGGAUUUGCUGAUCCACGAAGUAGAAUUAGUCCAUCGGAUUGUUGAUCAGUUCAUGGCUGAUGAGAAACGUGUGUCUGAAGAUGAUCGGUACAAGGAGUUUGUUUUAGGAAACGGGAUUUUGUUGAGCGUAGGAAGAUUGAUUGACGCUUAUCUCGCACAUUGCUCUGAUCUUACGCUCUCUAGCUUCGUCGAGUUAUCUGAGCUAAUACCCGAAUCAGCUAGGCCGAUUCACGAUGGUCUCUACAAAGCCAUUGACACUUUCAUGAAGGAACAUCCGGAACUAACGAAAUCCGAAAAGAAGAGACUUUGCGGGCUAAUGGACGUGAGGAAACUGACGAACGAGGCAUCAACUCACGCUGCACAGAACGAGCGACUUCCAUUGCGAGUGGUGGUACAAGUUCUUUACUUUGAGCAGCUCCGAGCAAAUCAUAGCCCAGUCGCGUCUGUUGCAGCUUCGUCGCAAUCGCCGGUUGAGAAGACAGAAGAGAACAAAGGACAAAAAGUGGCAAAGAAGGUGGAGCUGAGCAAGAAAAGCAGAGGAAGCAAGAGCACGAGGAGUGGUGGUGGCGCACAGCUGAUGCCAUCGAGGUCAAGGAGGAUCUUUGAGAAGAUAUGGCCGGGAAAAGGAGAGAGUAGCAACAAGAGCUCUGAGGUUUCGUCUGGAAGCUCGCAAAGUCCACCGGCAAAGUCGUCAAGCUCGUCUUCCCGCCGCCGCAGACAUUCCAUAUCGUGAAAAAGCAGUGGGGAGAAUCAAAAUUUGUAAAGUGAAGCUAUUAAUGGCUGUAACGUAUUUAUAAGUGGUUUUAGGGUUUGUGGUAGUUUAUAUUAAAACUGAUGAAGUUGUGUUCUGUGUUUCUUUAGUCGUAAAGAUUUGUUAACAGUAUUAUUUGGUAGUUGAGAACAUCGUAAUGUUUUAUUAAUCCUUGCAACA